CGUGGCUGCCUCGGCCCGUCUCCGGCGGAGGCGGGCGCGGGCGCGUCCCUGUGGCCAGUCACCCGGCGGAGCUGGUCGCACAAUUAUGAAAGACUCGACUUCUGCUGCUAGCGCCGGAGCUGAGUUAGUUCUGAGAAGGUUUCCCGGGGCUGUCCUUGUUCGGUGGCCCGUGCCACCGCCUCCGGAGACGCUUUCCGAUAGAUGGCUGCAGGCCGCGGAGGAGGAGGAGGAGCCGCUGCCCUUCCGGAGUCCGCCCCGUAAGGAGAAUGUCCCAGAAAUCCUGGAUAGAGAGCACUUUGACCAAGAGGGAGUGUGUGUAUAUUAUACCAAGCUCCAAAGACCCUCACAGAUGUCUUCCAGGAUGUCAGAUCUGUCAGCAGCUUGUCAGGUGUUUCUGUGGUCGUUUGGUCAAGCAACAUGCUUGCUUUACUGCAAGUCUUGCCAUGAAAUACUCAGAUGUGAAAUUGGGUGAACAUUUUAAUCAGGCAGUAGAAGAAUGGUCUGUAGAAAAGCACACGGAACAGAGCCCAACAGAUGCUUAUGGAGUCAUCAAUUUUCAAGGGGGUUCUCAUUCCUACAGAGCUAAGUAUGUGAGACUGUCAUAUGAUACCAAACCUGAAAUCAUUCUGCAACUUCUGCUUAAAGAAUGGCAAAUGGAGUUACCCAAACUUGUUAUUUCUGUACAUGGAGGCAUGCAGAAAUUUGAGCUUCAUCCGAGAAUCAAGCAGUUGCUUGGAAAGGGUCUUAUUAAAGCUGCAGUUACAACCGGAGCUUGGAUUUUAACUGGAGGAGUAAACACAGGUGUGGCAAAACAUGUUGGUGAUGCCCUCAAAGAGCAUGCUUCCAGAUCAUCUCGAAAGAUUUGCACUAUUGGAAUAGCUCCAUGGGGAGUGAUAGAAAACAGAAACGAUCUUGUUGGGAGAGAUGUGGUUGCUCCUUACCAAACCCUAUUGAAUCCCCUGAGCAAACUGAAUGUUCUGAAUAAUCUCCACUCCCAUUUCAUAUUGGUGGAUGAUGGCACUGUUGGAAAGUAUGGGGCAGAAGUCAGACUGAGAAGAGAACUUGAAAAAACCAUUAAUCAGCAAAGAAUUCAUGCUAGAAUUGGGCAAGGUGUUCCUGUAGUGGCUUUGAUAUUUGAAGGUGGGCCAAAUGUCAUCCUUACAGUACUGGAGUAUCUUCAGGAAAGUCCCCCUGUUCCAGUUGUUGUGUGUGAAGGGACAGGCAGAGCUGCAGAUUUACUGGCAUAUAUCCAUAAGCAGACAGAAGAAGGAGGGAAUCUUCCCGAUGCAGCGGAACCUGAUGUUAUAUCAACUAUCAAAAAAACCUUUAACUUUGGCCAGAGUGAAGCAGUUCAUUUGUUUCAAACGUUGAUGGAGUGCAUGAAAAAAAAGGAGCUUAUUACUGUUUUCCACAUUGGAUCAGAGGAACAUCAAGAUAUAGAUGUUGCAAUACUUACUGCACUGCUAAAAGGUACUAAUGCAUCUGCAUUUGACCAGCUUAUCCUUACACUGGCAUGGGACAGAGUUGAUAUUGCCAAAAAUCAUGUGUUUGUUUAUGGACAGCAGUGGCUGGUUGGAUCCUUAGAACAAGCUAUGCUUGAUGCUCUUGUAAUGGAUAGAGUUUCAUUUGUAAAACUUCUCAUUGAAAAUGGAGUGAGCAUGCAUAAAUUCCUUACCAUCCCCAGAUUGGAAGAACUUUAUAACACUAAACAAGGUCCAACUAAUCCGAUGCUGUUCCACCUCAUUCGAGAUGUCAAACAGGGUAAUCUUCCUCCAGGAUACAAGAUCACUCUAAUUGAUAUUGGACUUGUGAUUGAAUAUCUCAUGGGAGGAACCUACAGAUGCACAUAUACAAAAAAACGUUUUCGAUUAAUAUAUAAUAGUCUUGGAGGGAAUAACCGGAGGUCAGGUCGAAAUACCUCUAGCAGCACUCCUCAGUUGCGAAAGAGUCAUGAAACUUUUGGCAAUAGAGCUGAUAAAAAGGAAAAAAUGAGACACAAUCAUUUCAUUAAAACAGCCCAACCCUACAGACCAAAGAUGGAUGCAACUAUGGAAGAAGGGAAGAAGAAAAGAACCAAAGAUGAAAUUGUAGAUAUUGAUGAUCCAGAAACCAAGCGCUUUCCUUAUCCUCUUAAUGAGUUAUUAAUCUGGGCUUGCCUAAUGAAGAGGCAGGUCAUGGCCCGCUUUCUAUGGCAGCAUGGUGAAGAAUCAAUGGCUAAAGCAUUAGUUGCCUGUAAGAUCUAUCGCUCAAUGGCGUACGAAGCAAAGCAGAGUGACCUGGUAGAUGAUACUUCAGAGGAGCUGAAGCAGUACUCCAAUGAUUUUGGCCAACUAGCAGUUGAAUUACUGGAACAAUCCUUCAGGCAAGAUGAAACCAUGGCUAUGAAAUUACUCACUUAUGAACUGAAAAACUGGAGUAAUUCAACCUGCCUUAAAUUAGCAGUUUCAUCAAGACUCAGACCUUUUGUAGCUCACACCUGUACACAGAUGUUGUUAUCUGAUAUGUGGAUGGGACGGCUCAAUAUGAGAAAAAAUUCCUGGUAUAAGGUCAUAUUAAGCAUUUUAGUUCCACCUGCUAUAUUAAUGCUAGAGUAUAAAACCAAGGCUGAAAUGUCCCAUAUCCCACAAUCUCAAGAUGCUCAUCAGAUGACUAUGGAGGACAGUGAAAAUAAUUUUCACAACAUAACAGAAGAGAUACCUAUGGAAGUAUUUAAAGAAGUAAGGAUUUUGGACAGCAGUGAAGGAAAGAAUGAAAUGGAGAUGCAUAUUAAAUCAAAAAAGCUUCCAAUCACACGAAAGUUUUAUGCCUUUUAUCAUGCACCAAUUGUAAAGUUCUGGUUUAACACGCAGGUGGAUCCCUGGGAAUUCAAGGCCAGCCUGCUCUACAUAGAGAAUUUCAGUACAGUCUUCAAAAGGCAAACAGAAGUUCUUGUACAAAUGGAACAGUUACCUUCAGUUCAAGAAUGGAUUGUUAUCGCUUAUAUUUUUACCUAUGCUAUUGAGAAAGUCCGUGAGGUCUUUAUGUCUGAAGCUGGGAAAAUCAGCCAGAAGAUCAAAGUGUGGUUUAGUGACUACUUCAAUGUCAGUGACACAAUUGCCAUAAUUUCUUUCUUCAUUGGAUUUGGACUAAGAUUUGGAGCAAAAUGGAACUUUUUGAAUGCAUAUGAUAAUCAUGUUUUUGUGGCUGGAAGAUUAAUUUACUGUCUUAAUAUAAUAUUUUGGUAUGUGCGUUUGCUAGAUUUUCUAGCCGUAAAUCAACAGGCAGGACCUUAUGUAAUGAUGAUUGGAAAAAUGGUCGCCAAUAUGUUCUACAUUGUAGUGAUAAUGGCUCUUGUAUUACUUAGUUUUGGUGUUCCCAGAAAGGCAAUACUUUAUCCUCAUGAAGAACCAUCUUGGUCUCUUGCUAAAGAUAUAGUUUUUCAUCCAUACUGGAUGAUUUUUGGUGAAGUGUAUGCAUAUGAAAUUGAUGUGUGUGCAAACGAUUCCACUGUCAAGGAAAUCUGUGGUCCUGGCACAUGGCUGACUCCAUUUCUUCAGGCAGUCUACCUCUUUGUACAGUAUAUCAUUAUGGUUAAUCUUCUUAUCGCAUUUUUCAAUAAUGUAUAUUUACAAGUGAAGGCAAUUUCCAAUAUUGUAUGGAAGUAUCAGCGUUAUCAUUUUAUUAUGGCUUAUCAUGAGAAACCAGUUCUGCCUCCUCCACUUAUCAUUCUCAGCCAUAUAGUUUCCCUGUUUUGCUGUGUAUGUAAAAGAAGAAAGAAAGAUAAGACUUCUGAUGGACCAAAACUUUUCUUAACAGAAGAAGAUCAAAAGAAACUCCAUGACUUUGAAGAGCAGUGUGUUGAAAUGUAUUUUGAUGAAAAGGAUGAUAAAUUCCAUUCUGGGAGUGAAGAGAGAAUCCGUGUCACUUUUGACAGAGUGGAGCAGAUGUGCAUUCAGAUUAAAGAAGUUGGAGAUCGUGUCAACUACAUAAAAAGAUCAUUACAGUCUUUAGAUUCUCAAAUUGGCCAUCUGCAAGAUCUCUCAGCCCUGACAGUAGAUACAUUAAAAACACUUACAGCCCAGAAAGCUUCAGAAGCUAGCAAAGUUCACAAUGAGAUCACUCGGGAAUUGAGUAUUUCCAAACACUUGACCCAGAAUCUUAUUGAUGACGUUCCUGUAAGGCCUAUGUGGAAGAAGCAUAGCGUUGUAAAUACACUGAGUUCCUCUCUUCCUCAAGGUGAUCGUGAAAGUAAUAAUCCUUUUCUUUGUAACAUUUUUAUGAAAGAUGAAAAAGACCUCCAGUAUAACAUAUUUGGUCAAGAUUUGCCUGUGAUACCCCAGAGAAAAGAAUUCAACAUUCCAGAGGCUGGUUCCUCCUGUGGUGCCUUAUUCCCAAGUGCUGUUUCUCCCCCAGAAUUAAGACAGAGGCGACAUGGGGUAGAAAUCUUAAAAAUAUUUAAUAAAAAUCAGAAAUUAGGCAGUUCACCUAAUAGUUCACCACAUAUGUCAUCCCCACCAACCAAAUUUUCUGUGAGUACUCCAUCUCAGCCAAGUUGCAAAAGUCACUUGGAAUCUGCAACCAAAGAUCCAGAACCUGUUUUCUAUAAAGCUGCAGAAGGAGAUAACAUAGAAUUUGGAGCAUUCGUGGGACACAGAGAUAGUAUGGAUUUACAGAGGUUUAAAGAAACAUCAAACAGAAUAAAAGAACUGUUAUCCAAUGAUACUCCUUCUGAAAACACUUUGAAACAUGUGGGUGCUGCUGGAUAUAGUGAGUGUCAUAAGACUUCUGCAUCUCUUCAUGCAGAACAAGAAAGCAAUAGUAGAAGAACAUCUACAGAAGACUCUCCAGAAGUAGAUUCCAAAGCUGCUUUGUUGCCGGAUUGGUUACGAGAUAGACCAUCAAACAGAGAAAUGCCAUCUGAAGGAGGAACAUUAAAUGGUCUUGCUUCACCAUUUAAGCCCGUUAUGGAUACAAAUUACUAUUAUUCAGCUGUGGAAAGAAAUAACCUGAUGAGGUUGUCACAGAGUAUUCCCUUCGUGCCUGUACCUCCACGAGGUGAGCCUGUCACAGUGUAUCGUCUGGAGGAGAGUUCUCCCAGUAUACUGAAUAACAGCAUGUCUUCUUGGUCUCAACUAGGCCUCUGUGCCAAAAUAGAGUUUUUAAGUAAAGAGGAAAUGGGAGGAGGUUUACGAAGAGCAGUCAAAGUACAAUGUACCUGGUCAGAGCACGAUAUCCUGAAAUCAGGGCAUCUUUAUAUCAUUAAGUCUUUUCUUCCUGAGGUGGUUAACACAUGGUCAAGUAUUUAUAAAGAAGAUACAGUUCUACAUCUCUGUCUCAGAGAAAUACAGCAACAAAGAGCAGCGCAGAAGCUCACAUUUGCCUUUAAUCAGAUGAAACCCAAGUCCAUACCGUACUCUCCAAGGUUCCUUGAGGUUUUCCUGCUGUACUGCCAUUCAGCAGGGCAGUGGUUUGCUGUAGAAGAAUGCAUGACUGGAGAAUUUAGAAAAUACAAUAAUAAUAAUGGUGAUGAAAUUAUUCCAACGAACACUCUGGAAGAGAUCAUGCUUGCCUUUAGCCACUGGACCUAUGAAUAUACCAGAGGGGAGUUACUGGUACUUGACUUACAAGGUGUGGGUGAGAACUUGACUGACCCGUCCGUGAUAAAAGCUGAAGAGAAGAGAUCCUGUGACAUGGUUUUUGGCCCUGCCAAUCUAGGAGAAGAUGCAAUAAAAAACUUCCGAGCCAAACAUCACUGUAAUUCUUGCUGUCGAAAGCUUAAACUUCCAGAUCUGAAGAGGAACGACUAUACGCCUGAUAAGAUUAUAUUUCCUCAGGAAGAGUCAGCAGAUCUGAAUCUUCAGUCUGGAAAUUCCACCAAAGAAUCAGAAGCAACAAAUUCUGUUCGUCUGAUGUUAUAAUUCUGAUUUUUUUGCCUACACUUCACAAAAGUGUGACUGUCGUUUUUCCUUCAGGAGGGAAUUGAUGACACAAAAAUGUGUGUGCAAAUUGAGCUUGCUGGCCCCACACAUAGUCUAGAGGUUAGUGUUCUCAUUGGAAAGCACCUCGAUACAAAUGACAGCUGAGCCGUUAGCAGUGGUAGAAGUUAAUGCUUUCAACUUGUGAAGGGCUCUUACAGCGGGGAAUCGGAAACUUGGCUCUGUCAAGGGUGGUGAUUCCCUGUCACUUGGUGCAGUAUCAUUAACCAAAGUCGAGUGUCUUUGAAUUUUAUUGGCUGCUCAGUUACAGACAUUCAGCUAAGGAAACUGAAUCACACAGCUUUUUGGUUAAGUGGCAGAGUCUUCCUCAGUUUGGUGUGCUGCAUGAUAAAGAUGCUAGCUUUCAACUAGAUUUGUGGCCACGGGAAAAACAACUCCUUGCUAUUCCAGCUUCACAGGCAUCUGUAAAAGCCUGCACUAAAACCACGUCUUCCCUCCCUCCCUACUUUCCUUUAGUAUUGAGUAUCAAAUCCGGGGCCUCAUGAAGACCUUUUCCUAAGAGGGAUUUUAUUUAAGAAUCUACUUUAGAUUCUGUUUAUGGAUACAGCCAGUUUCUUGUUAAACAAAACCUGAAUUGUGCAAAAGGGUCUUUUACAUUAUUUUAUCAAUGUUAAGUAAAAAGAAAGCCAUGGUAAAUGAGAACUAACUCACUGUUGAGCGGGUGUUUCCUGUGAGGAAGGUCACAGUUAAAAUAACCUGUAGUUGCAUACAUCUCCAAAGACUUACUGACUUAGUGUAUCCAAUCAGAGUGCUGUGUGAGCUCUCACAUUUAAAAUUGUGUAGGAAUGUGUCAAUGUGAAUUCUGUUUUUGGUACUUAUUUAAGAAAUCAGUUGUUGGAGUAUCCUUAUACAAUAUAAGGAGAUCACAGUCCAACUUUAUGCCAAUAAAAUGUAACUUAAUUGCCCAGAUAUUUUUACAUAUUCAACAAGAAAAACUUAUCAUUUGACUCAAGUUUUAUGCUUUCUCUUUCUUUUCAUUUCCUAGGUACUAAUUUUAAUUUUUAUUUGGAAGGGAGCAGUGUAAAGCUUAUUUGUAUUCAAUAGUGUAUCUCAUAGAUACAGACAAGGCAAGCAGAGAUAAGCUGUUUAAUAGUGUUUAAUGUUGAUGUGGAGAGAAAAAGUGUAUUACUUAAAGAUACUAUACCAUAUACGUUUUGUAUAUCAUUAAAUCUUUAAAAGAAAUUAAAUUUAUUCUUGUUUACA